AUGUGCCGGACAGCCAUCCCGCAGGCCAGCAGUGUCCCUGACAUGGACAAUCUGUUCUUCACCAGCCUGAAGGCCAGGCUCAAGGUCUACAAGAACAUCGUUGACAGAGUUGACUUGUUCUGCAGCAACUGCAUGAAAGCCAGCGAGUUCUGGUGCUCCAAGUGUGAGGAGUUCCUCUGCACCAAGUGCUUCGAGGCCCACCAGCGCUACCUGAAGCGGGAGAGCCAUGAGGUCAAGAAGGUGGUGGACAUCAGGGCAGGGUCUGCUCAGGACUUUCUCGAGGACACCAGGAGGACAGAUAACUUGUCCUGCUCCAACCCGACCCACAAGAGCCAGACUGUAAGCAUCUACUGCAAGAAGUGCGAGAAGGCGCUGUGCUGUGUCUGCGCGCUGCUGGACAGCCAGCACGCCCCGUUCUGCGAUGUCCGCAGCGAGACCCGGCGCAGGCAGGAGGAGCUGGGCACCAUCAGCCGGGAGCUGAAGCAGAAGAGAAGCAUCUUCGAGGCCACCUUCACAGCGCUGCAGGACGAGGCGGCGCGGCUGGAGGAGGCGCAGCGGGAGAUGCGGGAGCUGAUCCGGCAGCGCGUGGAGCAGCUGGUGCGGCUGAUCCGUCGGGAGGAAGAGGAGCUGCUUGCGGGCGGUUGCAGCCGGCGACGGCCGGAGACCGAGCGCAGCCUGGGGACUUGGCCGAGUGCAGGGCCAGGCUGCAGGCGCUGGUGGAGCGCGUCACCGGGCACCCAGCACGACUGCCCAUCCGAUGAUGAGACCACCCUGAUCCUCGACCUUGAGCCUCCUGGGGAGCGUUGCCAACUGCAUGGAGGUCUUCCCACGAGGCUGCCUGCCCACCACAAGACCUGUGCUCCCGUGUCGGACCCCUCCGGUGGCAGAGGACAUGUGUGUCCAGACCAGGGAGGGGAUAUGUCCCCCACCCAGCCCGCACCUCCAGUCCUUCCGAUGCAGAGGGAUAAACAAGCAGAGGAAGUCUCGGGGUCAGCCCAUGGGGACACUGUGCCUCUUCCCAGGAGCAUCCAGGACUCUCUGGCCUCCCUGCGGGAAGAUUUUAGUGGCUGGACCAGGUCCAACGUGCAGCAGGCAGGAGAGCUCCUGAAGAUCAGCAAUCGCCUCCUGCAAGCUCAGCGCAGGGCGAACAGUCACCUGAUAUCCGUGACCCGGGAGAUCCGGGCCAUGUCCCGCUCCCUGGCCACCAUCGCCUCUACUGUGGCACCCUUGCUGCAGCCCGUGGCCACCCCACGAGACCCCCCCACCGCAGAGAUGGAAUGGCCAUCACUGCCCUCCGACUUGCUGGAGUUAUUCCCUCCCAACACCCCGCAGCAGCAUGAACCACGGGUCCCAGCGGCUGCUGCGGCCCCUUCCACCACCAGACGCCCUCCUGCCAACCCCCCCACCAGCCCAGUGCUCUCGGAGCCCUCCAGCCCAGCCUCCGAGGGGGAAUGCCCCAGAUCAAGGCACCCCGCUAGGAGCAAGCGUGGUGGGAAGCCCAGCACCAGACUUCAGAAGCGGAGGAAGAAGUGA